AUGCUCUCCCUUCCCUUCUUCCAGCCGGGGAUGUACAACGAAGAUCUGCCCUCGUCCGCGCAGUACGGUGCAAACGUACUCUUCCGAAGAUGGCGUGAUGACAUGACCUCAUAUGAGCCUUGGGCCAACGACACUGCUCGCGCGGCUUACUUCGCUUCGAAGGGCCGCGAG